AUGGGGUCCAUACUCAAGCAACGGGAGGGGUGGACGAAGGUUGGAAGGAGGUUUAAUAGGAGGUUUGUAGAAGAAAAAUGGGAUGUUGCGGGAGGAGGAAGGAAGGUGGCGGGUGCGGUGGUAACAUUUUUCUUCUUCACGAAAUUUUGGAUCGAAUGGAAGGCAAGGGAUUUGCUGUUUGAACUCCAGGAGUUGGGGGAAAUUGAUGAAGUGGUUAUCCCUCCAAAAUGGGAUAAACGUGGGAGGCGGUGCGGUUUUGUGCGGUUCUUUAAUGUGGAGGAUGAGAAGUUGCUGGCCAUCAAAUUGGAUAGUUUGGUUCUUGAGGGUAGGAAGCUGUUUGCAAACUUGCCAAGGUUUCACAAACAAGUGAAGGAUCCCGUUCAGCUUUCGUGGAAGAAAGACGAGGUUGGUAAGGAGGUUUCCAAUGUUGUGAAGGGAGGAAAGUUUCAAGGAAAAAGUUCAAAGGCAUGGGUGGACAAAAGAUCUUUCGCAGACGUCCUUCAUAAUCGAAAAGCUAACCCAAGCAUUGGUGAUGAUGUGUUGGAGGUUAAAACUGUGUUCUUUUCAUCAGAGAAGGAGGAGUAUAACCGGUAUAGUAAGGCGUGUACAAGAGUUAUGAAAGAUCCUGGGGUAGCUAUGAAUCUCAAGCAGAUUUUUCAUGAAGAAGGUCUUUUCUCUAUCAGGCUUACUGUAUUGGGACCUAAUCUUUAUAUCCUUGAAGACUUGGUGUUAGGAAAGGUGGAGGUUUUCAUUGAUGAGCGGAGAGUGUGGUGGGAGCAGUGGUUUAGUUCCAUUAGACCUUGGGCUCCAAAUGAUAUGGACUCAGUAAGACUCUUAUGGUUGAGAAUAUCGGGCACUCCGUGCCAUGCGUGGGGAGAAAACUUCUUCAAAGUACUAGCAGAAUCUAGAGGAACCUUUGUUAAAAAUGAUGAGCUUACAGUGGCCCGUUCUAGCAUGGAAGAAGCGAGGAUAUGUAUCAAAUCCGGGUGGAAGGAGGUGAUUAAUGUAACAGUUAAAGCUGUUAUCGACGGAGUAUCGUUCUUUGUUAGUAUGAGAGAAGACCCUUCCCUGCUAAAGGAAAUGGUGCCGGUGCGGAGAAACUUGGAAGAAGAUGAAUCGGAUCGUAUGAUCCCCCGGCGGGAGCUUACUCAUAUGAGGAGGAUUCAAGCUAGGAAAGGGGUAAUAUCGAGGUAG